AUGGAAAUUACACUUCGAAAUAUAAUCAGUAAAUUAGUUUUGAUUGAUACAGAAAAGUUAAAUUUUUUAACAUAUCAAUUUGAAUUAUAUGAUGAAAAUCAGUCACAAAUUAAUGAAGUACGUGCUCGUAUUAGACAACAACAAUUAACUAAUGAUGAUCGAACUAAAUUAAGUAGUCUCAUUCAUACAAUGAAUCAUGAUGAUAUUCUUCAUUAUCUUCGUUCACUUGAUAAUAUUUUUACUUAUAUAAGAACAGUUGCUGUAGAAAGAUUAACAGAAGAUAUGACUAUUCAAUUAUUUAUUGUACGAUUUAUUCCUUCAAAAUCUCGUGUAUAUGAUAAUGUUCUUCGUUGGCCACAUUUUUGCACAAUUCAAUUACGAUAUAUUAUUGAUUUUUAUGAAAUGUUUGAAGAAAUUGCAUUUGAUAAAGUUCUAUGUAACUAUAUUAAAAAAGAACUUCUCGAAGACACAUUUACGAAUGAAGAACGAACACGAAUUGUUUAUGCAUUUUCGCAUGCAACAUUUAAAAAAGAGACAAUUGCUGAAUCACUCAAAUCAAUUGAUUGUUGGAUUUCAACACUAAAACGAUUGAUAGUGCGUGUAUUAUUGAAAACGAAUCUAUAUCUUGAUAUUCCAUUACAAUUGUAUCUUGAACGAACAGAUUUAUGGAGUGAUCAUAUUAGUUUGGACGAUUUGACAACAUUUGAGAUCGAUGAUGACAUAGUAUUACAACACACUUAUGUAAUUCUAACUGAUUUAGCAAAAUAA